UUGAGUUAAACGAAAAAAGGAUUUUUAUACAAGGCACAAACAAAAGUCAUGGCAUCUUUGGGGCUUCAGAUUUUAGGAAUUGCUCUCGCGUUCUUCGGGUGGCUUGGAGACAUCCUCACCUGCAUCCUUCCCAUGUGGAGGGUUACAGCCUUUAUCGGCAACAACAUCAUUACGGCGCAGACUACCUGGGAAGGACUGUGGAUGGCCUGUGUCGUACAGAGCACAGGACAGAUGCAGUGUAAGGCGUACGAUUCAAUGCUCGCCCUGUCCCUGGACCUACAGGUUGCGCGGGCUUUGGUUGUCAUAUCAAUCUUGGUCUCUGUUAUCGGCAUCCUCUUGGCGGUCGCAGGAGGGAAAUGCACCACUUGUAUUGGGAACAAAAUCGCGAAGGCAAGAGUUGUCGUAUCUGCGGGGGUGUUUUUCAUCAUAGGUGGACUGCUGUGUCUCACACCUGUUUGCUGGUCAGCACACACCAUCAUCCGAGAUUUCUUUAAUCCGCUCCUCCCAGAUGCGCAGAGAAGGGAACUCGGUGCGUCUCUCUACAUCGGCUGGGGUGCAGCGGGGCUUCUGCUCAUCGGGGGCGCAAUACUGUGCUGUCAGUGUACAAAAGAGGAACGAGCAUUAGUGGCCAAAUACCCUGCACCAACAUCAAACUCAACUGGAAAAGAGUUUGUAUAAAGAACUUUUCGAAGAGGAUCUUUGUUUCAUUUUAAUAGUCACCUAUUAACUGCAUCUUAUUUA